CUUUUCACGUUGAAAGCCUACGAUAAUUUAUACACCUCCCUCAUCGGAACUCGGAAGACAGACGAAGAGAGAAUUGAAGCAGCGAAUUAUCGACAAUUUCCGAGGAGACUACGGAACGAUUCAAGGAGACUAAGCAAUCUGCCUUCCACUUAAUUCCAACCUAUUAACAAACUGCCUUCCACUUAAUUCCAAAUGGCCUUCCACUUAAUUCCAAAUAUUCUCUUGUCUUCUUCGGAGCUUAGGUCUCCCUAUUUACAAAUGAAAGCGUUGCAUUUUGCAGCGGUUUGGUCCGAAUCUGCCAAAAAACAAACAUGGCCUUAGUGGCUUAAGAGCUUCUCAAUUCAAUUUAUGAAUUUUGUUGAGUCGUGAUGCCUUCGGUAGUUCGGUGUUCCAUCAUUUAUAAACUCAGGGAGUCAGGGGGCACCGUCUUCUCUACGGGCGGCAGACUUUAACUUUUCAAGGUUCAAGUUGUUAAGUAGAGAGAGGUGCAUAGCAAGGGAAGGGGAAACUGAGAAACGGUGAUUGAAUUAAACACAUUCAUAUUGCCUCUGUUUAUUAAGGUGUAUUUCUUCCCACUUUUUUCUUUAGUUGAUUAUACUUAUUAUCUGUUAAUUGUUAUUUUCAUUUUACUUUUUAUAAAUUAGAAUGAUUCUUAGAAUUAGAAAUACGAAUCUAGAUUAAAAAUACUUCCUCCGUCCCUAAAUGUUUGUCACACUUUCCCGAAACGGAUGUCCCAAAAUGUUUGUCAUACUUUUUCAACUUCCUUAUUUGGUAAACAAAUCUAUACCAAACAAUGUCAAACAGUGCAAAACAAUGUCAAACAGUGCUGCUACAGUAUGAAACAGUGUCACUACAGUGUAAAGUCAAAUUCAUCUCUUUAAAACUUGUAAGUUAAAGUGUGACAAACAUUUAGGAACGGAGGGAGUAUGAUUUUUUUGAAAGGAAAAUAUGAUUGUAAUGACUGAUAUCCAUAGUAUUUUAUUUUUGGGUAUACGAGAGCCUCAUAUUUUAUUCUUGAACAGGGACGGAGGUAGUACUUUACUCAAUUAAGAUUCGGAUGUAGUUCGGACGUCUUAUAUGGAUCAUGGAGUACGUAGUACAUUUUAAGAUUAGAAAUGGUCUUCAAUAAAAGUAAAAAUGUUUUGAAAUUUGAAAGUAGGAUACUCAUGUUUUUAUUCCUUAAAUAGGAGUAAUUUAUGUAAAGUUUGAGAAAACUUACAAAAAUGUCAUGUUUAAAGCCUGAUCACGUCAAACUUGACAAAAAAUACUCAUCUUUAGGAAAUAAACGCAUGACAAUCCUAUUUUAGACUAUAAAUUCUGGUUGAAGUGUUUAUAUUGGCUGAUUUUGUUGAUUUAUGAUAAAAAAAUUAUAUUUAAAAUAUAUUGUAUUAAUAAAUCAAACAAAAAAUAACUAAAAUGAUCUUCUACAUUAAUUUCAACCAAUACAGCCAAAAAAGUAACUUCGGUCUUACUUUUUUUUAUUGUUACAUAAUUCAACGUGUGAAAUCAAAUAUGACGUGUUUGAUGAAAAAACUGACUGAUUUACCUGAUAAGUCGAAAAACAAGGUCACCAAACGGGUUCUAAUAAAUUGAUCCUCUACUGUAACUAUAUCCAGUUUAGUCAGAAAAGUUACUUCAAUCUUACUUAUUUUGAUUAAUACACAAUUAUGCGCGUGCAAUCAAAAGUUAUGUGUUCAAUGAAAAAUAACCUGAUAAACAUGCUCACCAAACAAUCUCUCAAUUUUACGCUAGCUACCAACAAUCUAGCUGCGAGUAAUGAGUGGGGAAAAAGCAACACGGGUGAAAAAAAUGAAAAAACCAAAUUCGCUCGAUAAAACGUUCAAACCCGAGUCAAUCAAAAUCGAACUGAAUGAAAUCACAACCAACUAAAACUUGUUAUCCUAUCGGCAGUUCGGUUUACGAUUUGUACUUUUGGAUUAAAGAAUCGAUCAAUCCGAAAUCGAUAGACAAAAACAGAUAAAAGUAUAAAACGUCCUAAAAUCGCCCGCAACUAGAUUCAAAGCGACUGAAACAACUCAAAAUAUCCAAUCAGAAAUCGAAUCCAUAACGGAUGAACACCAAAAAACAUUCAUAACGCUUUAACCUAGAUGGAAAUUUAAGGACUCAAAUAUAAUUAAUUUAUGAAAAAAAAAAUUAAAAUACCCUAAACUUUGAAGAUGUGUAAGGUAAGCAUCCCAAACUUGCAUAUGUAAUUUAAAAACCCCAAACUUUAUAUAAAAAGUUAUUUUAGCACGAUUGUCAUGUAUUAUUUCUUUCAAAAAUGUUAGUUUUUUGUGUUAAUUUCAUAAUUUAAAAUAUUUUAACAUUCAUGAAGAUACAAUUAACAUUCUAAACUUCUGUUGUAAAAUAAAUAAUAUUACUCCCACUAUAUAAUUGCAACAUUUUUAAUUAGCUAUUUUAAAAUAUGCAAUGAAGUGAUGAACACCAUAAAUUUACACAUUUUUGAAAGAAAUAAUAAAUGACCAUAUUACUAAAAGAACUUUUUAUAUAAAAUUUAAAAUUUUUGAAUUAGAUAUGAAAGUUUGGAGUAUUUUAAUAAUUUCUCCCUUAAUUUAUUCAAAAGUCAAAACCCUCAACUCUUCGAAGAGACCAUAUGAUUUAUUCAAAAGCUUUAGGACACUUGCCUAGUAGACUAGUACUCCGUAGUAUUUAUAGCACGGAGGAACGUGUUUAGUUAAAAAUGUCAUAAUGAGUGUUGAGUUAUCAACAGCAGUAUGCUGGAGACUCUAUUUGACUUUUGUCCUAUACUUAUUCGACUAAUCGACUCUCUUGCCGAAUUGUGGGAAGUUUUGCCGACAAUGAGUUCGAUAGAGCCCUAAUCAACAGGGUUGGGUUAUGUUCGGGAAAUAGAAAAAGUUUGAACUAACCCAAAUCAAACCAAAUCAAACUACUAAAAUUUGUUGAAUUAUCUGAUUCUACCAAAAUUUAUGAAGUUCUAAUUUAACUGUUUGUAUUGGUUGAUUCUGAUGAUAUAUGAAAAAUUAUAUUUAAAAUAUUUUUAAUUAAUAAAAUAAAUAAUAGCUAAAAUGAUUACGCAUAGUAACAUCAGCGAAUACAGUCAGAAAAUUAAUUUCAACUUUAUUUUUUCUUAUCAUUACGCAAUUCAGCAUGCAAAAAUAAAAAACUAUGUACUCCGUAUUUGGUGAAAAAACUGGUUGAUAAGUCUGAUAAACUCCAAAAGAAGGUCACCAAACAGAUUCAUCUCUUUUUGGUUAAAAUGUCAGACCUAUUUAUUAGGGACUUUUUUUAAGAAAUUGGGCUAUACACUGAUGUCAUCAGGGUUAGAGAUAUCAUAAAUAAAAAUUCAACCGGGAACUACCCAAAUGGUGAUGGCCGGAUACAGUUUUCUAUAUAAGAGCUUAUUUGACCUUUUUUGUUAGUACGUGGACUUAUUUGCCCCUUUUUGUGUGUAUAUGUGUGUGUGAGGCUUAAUUGACCGAAUUUGAUGAAAUCAAAUAAGUAUUCUAUGUUUUUUGUUCUGGUAAUAAUAAAUAUUUUCAAUGUGUUUUUCACAAUUUAGUAUAUUCAGCGGUUUGAGAUUGGAUUUGAUAAACUUAGCCAAUUCCAACAUCAUCAAAUGAACUCUUAGAGUCUGAUUGAUAACGUUGAAAUUAACCAAAUCGAUUGAAUCUGUUGAAAUUUCACCUUAAACGGUUGAGUUGGCAGAAUCUACUGCAUUUUGAAAAUACUAUGUUUAAAAUAAAUUUUAUUAUAAAGCAUAUGGAAAUAGCUGAUUUCCACCACUUUCGUCCAAUUAAGUAAGAAAAAUAGGAUCAAAAAAUAAACUAUGUUUGCAUAGGACUAAUUAUGUAUACCUUGGACAAUUAUACCCUUAUAGCUAUCAAACAAUUCCUAAUAAAAUAAUAAAAAAUAAUAAAAAAUCGUAAAAAAUACUAAAAAAUCAAGAAAAACAUUUCUAUAUUAAAAAUAUAAUUAUUUUUUUUUUCAAAAAAUUAAAAAAAUUAAAAAAAAAAUUAAAAAAAAAAUAAAAACUAAAAAAAAUCGCCGCCGCCUCUGCCGCCUCAGCACCACCACCUCCAGUCACCGGGGAAAAAAUGCCAAUUUCAUUACGAAUGCCAUAUUUAUGGCAGAAAAAAUGAAAAUGUUGGCAUUCGAAAAGAGAAAUAUGCCACUUUUUUGGCAUUUUCAGAAAAAAAUGGCAUUUUUCUGGGAAAAUGGCAUUUUUUUCAUUGGCCGGAGGUGGUGGUGCUGGGAGGUAGUACAGGCGGUGGGAAAGGCAUCCAUAUUUUUUUAAUUUUUUUUUACGGAGUUUUAAUAUUUUUUAUUAAUUUUUUUAAAAAUAAAAUUAUUUAAAAAUAAAAGUUUUUGAAUUUUUUAUUUUAUAAAAAUUUUAUAAAUUUUUUAAUUAUAUUUCUACGAAUUUUUGAAUUUUUUUUGAAUUUAUUAUGAAUUAAACAUUUAAUUAUGGCUUUUGACUAUUUUUAAUUCAUAUUUAAUGGAAUGGUAAGAAUGGAAUGCAAAAAUAGGUAUGUUUCCAAUAGGACUUAUAUGGUCCUAUUUUGGAAUAAAAACAUAGCAAGUCCUAUUUUAGGUUUUUGCCAUAGUUUUAGUCCUAUUUGAACUAAUUUCUAAAAUAAUUUUCCCAUACUCAUUAUAAUUAUUAAAUGAUUUAGCGUGUGAAAUCCAAUGUUUAAAAAAAACCGCUAAGGUUAAUACAUAAAUAAACUAAAUCACCAAUUAGGUUCCGCGAUUUCAUUCUUCACACAACUCUUAUUGAAAUUUUGGAGUUCUUUAUCUAUAAAAUUAUCCACAAUGUCCACUUGGUAGUUGGGGCUUGGGUUGUUGUAAUGAAGUUUUAAAUUCUAAGAUGAGGUCUCACGUGCGUCUUACUAUUGGUUACACAAAUCUUAAUCGAUAUAAUUCGUUGGUUUGACAUUUCAUAAUUGUUGAUAGUUCGUUAGGACUUAUUUGGCCCAUCAUACUAAAUGGAAGUUAUGUUCAACUGUUCAAUUGAUAUAAUACGACUGACAUUUAUCGGUGUACGUAGCUCAAUUGGUAGCAAGAGAGUGCCACAAAGGUUAGGCCUCAAGUUCGAAUUCGGCAACUGCGAUGAGAAAUUACUAUGUUAUAUAAAUGCAUAUGGCCUCUGCAAGUAUCGGGGACAAACCUCCACUCUCUAUCUGUUAGAUUGAGAUUAUAGUCCAAUUUACAUCAUCCCAAUGUACCGUCCGGUCGGGGUUGGGGGGCCUCAGGGAUGGGGUGUCAUCCUUUACUGAGAUUUGAGAAUGGGAUACUCAGAAUCAAUCUGAACCGGAUCAUUAUGAAUCGGUUCGAUUCCUACUAUCAGGUUACAAGUUCUUUGAAGUUCGAUUCAUAAUCCUGGUUAAUAGUCUGGUUUCUAGAUCAUGUUAAAAAUUGUAUUUAUAUUUACUUUUAUGUAUAUGUGUGUGUAUUUAUAUAUGUGUGUGAUAUAGUAGAGUUAAAGUGACAUGAAACAUUUUUUGUGCAUAAAAGAUAAAAAGUGUUUACCCAUUAAAAUCUAGGUUAGAGAAAGAAAGCAAAAAAAAUCUUAUACCAAUGCGACAACUGAACCCUAGCUAACGGCGCUGCCGAUCCUUGACAAAAGCGAUUCGUCUGCAGCGUCACACCGGGGGAGAGGGUUCACGAGGAGAUCAACGUUUUGCACGAGGGGAUGCGCUGAAGGAAGACAUGGAGUUUGAGGUACAUUUCAGAUUGGAUGCUCUGUAACUGAGUUUGUUUUUUCGUCUGGUUUGUUUUUCCGGCUAAGUGGUGCCUCUGGCCAUGGGGUUUGUUGGAUUUCACUAGUAAACGUCUGUGGAAGAGCUUCAGUUGUCGUGUUUCGGUUGCGUUCGCUUGCUGUGUUCAAUUGUGUUUUAUGGAAGAGUCUGUUGCGUUUCAGUUGUUGUGUAGUGUUUGUGUGGACUGUUUUUCUCAAUGGAAAACAUAGCAGAAGAGUAUGGAAGAAUGUCUAUUGAGGGGGAAGAAAAUAUUUGUUUGGUGUUUGAAUCGAGAGCAUUGAAUGUUAGUAGUGGGGCUGGAGAGAACCCACGUUUUUUCUGUUGUUGCUCAGGUGGUCACGGACAAACCUUUUCGUCCCAUCUUUUUUCAGGAGACAAUGGCGAUGAUUUGACGUAUGGGUAAAGGGGUGAACAUCGAAUAGAUGGGAGAUAUGCAUUUUAUGAUCUAGUUUUAUUAUCAUGAAAAUCAUAUUGCUCGGGUACUGCAGGAUGACCCUUGGUCCUAUGACCAAAAUUUAGUUGUUAUUAGAAGGGUUGAAGCUAAGGAUAGACCACUUGAGGUCGAGGUGAAUUAUGCGGAGUUUUGGAUUCAGAUUCAUAAUUUAUCCCUAAGUUUUAUGAUUGAGACGGUGGCGACUAGAAUUGUUAGAUAUCUAGGGAAACUGAUGCGAAUAAAGUAAGAAGUACGUGUGUGUCCGUGUUUUGCUAAACAUAAAGAACGCUCUUAAGAGAAUAAUACAUGUAUGGGAAGAGGGUGAUAGCUGGUAAUGGGCGUAUUUCAAAUACGAGAGGCUUCCAAAUCCCUGUUUCAUUUGUGGAGUUCGGGGCACAAUAUAAUGACAGAUAUUGCCCAUCAAAUACAAAUACGGGGCCGUGGGCGGGUGAUAAGCCUUAUGCCCUCUGGAUGCGAGCAGAUUUGCGGCUGGGAGGAACCAACUCGAGGACUAAGUGGCUAAUCACGCGUGCAGGGCGUGAUCUGAAAAAUAUCAACAGAGGUAGUGAAAAUCAGGGUUAGCUGGUGGGUUUUCAAGAGAAGGCUUCAGAGGCAGGCUGCUAUUUGGUUCAGGGGCUGAUCUCAAGAGGAAAAGAAAAAAGUGGGAGAAGAAGAGCAACACAACCAAGAUAGAAUUUUUGAUGAAGGGGAAUCUAGGAAGCGCAUGACAGUGGAUUUGCAGAAUCUAGUGGACGUUUAAGUUAGCAUGGAGGUAGAUGGAAUCGACCCAAAAAAAUGGCUCUACGGCGGUGCUGUUGGAUCAGCACACCCUGAAAUUCCAUUAGUUGUUGCGAGUGGGAUAAUUCUUUUGGAGGGGCUAGACAAACCUCUUCUCCCUUCCCGAUGACUAGUCAAAUCGGAAUGAUAUCUUUGAAGGUGGUUGAUCAUCAAACCAUUUCUCUCUUGCUCGUGGGUGGUAAAAGAUAAAUAUUUGAUUCUAUUGUUUCUUUCCGGUUUAUUAACUAUAGGGUUUUAGCCAUUAUUUUUAGUAGUGAGUACAACGAUACUGUUAGUGACGCCAGAUUUGCGUCUUCUUUCCUCUCCCAGAUAUGCGCCUCCAGUCUUCCUCUCCCAAAUUCAAAUUCAGACGCCAGUCUUCCUCUCCCAAAUUCGGACGCCAAAUUCGGACGCCAGUCUUCCUCUCCCAAAUUCGGUCACUUCCACUAGCGUGCGACGCUGCUCUCGGCCAUAACCAUCAGGUGUGCUAUCGCCUCCAUCAUGAUUCACAUCUUCUCCUUUCUUCUUCCCUGCGUUAUGGCAGCUGCGGUUCAGGGAUGGCGGCGACUACAAUUCGACGAUGAUGGCGGCUACCAUUCAACGAUGGAGGCGCCAAAGUUCGGCGAUGGAUGGCAUCUAUGGUUCAGCGAUAGAGGGGCAGGUAUGGUUGCAGGUGGUAGUACGGCGGUUGGGGAGGGGCUGGGGUUGGGAAGGUUGGCUGAACAUGUGGCUGGCUGCUGGGAAGAAUGCUGGGGGUUGGGGUUGUGACAGGGAAAGGAAGGGGGUUGGGGCUGAGGCUAGGGAGUGCGCGGGGGGGGGGGGGGGGGGGGGGAGGCUGGCUGCGGCGCCUGGGCUGGAUGAUGGUCACUGGGUUUGGGUUUGGGGUGCUGUGGCAGGGCGAUCUACUGGGAGGUGGCUGACGAUGAUGUUGGAUUGUCAUUGUGUUGCCGGAAAAAAUUACCGAAAAAUUCUCCGGCGAUUACAGUGACACGGUUCAUGGCGUCAGUGACAUGAAAGUCUGAGGUGUCACUGAUGGGACGAUUGGUCACUAUAAGGCGGCGGUGGGUCACCGACAGUAGUGGCUGCCGGCCGGUGGUAGUGUAAAGUUUCGUUGGAAAAGGUUGCCGGAAAAUUUCUCAGCGGUGAUAGUGACAAGUUUUACAGUAAAAGUGACAUUUAAAAGUGACAUAAAAAUCUAGUAGUGACGUAUAAUAAUGACAUAAAAAACCGGUAGUGACAUAUAAUAGUGACAUAAAAAUGACAGUGACAUCAUACUUUUUCCAAAUAUGUGGACCUUCUUAGUCAUAUUUUUGACCUUUUGUAAAUAUAGUCACAUUUUUUAAAAUUAGCUUUAAUUUGAUAAUAUUCAAGGAAAAAGCUCAUAUUUAUGAUCAUUUUCAUGAGUAUGCCCGAACCAUUUGGUCUAUUAAGUAUUAACUGAUUUAAUGCAUUAAACUCUCUCAUGAUAUAUAAAUUUGAUGCAUUAACUAAAUGUAAUUAAAAACAUGCGUUAAACUCUCUUGUGUUAUAAUUAUACAUGCACAAAAACCUCUACAAAAAUAAAUUUUACAAUUUUGAAAUCACUAAUGUUAAUAAUAUGAUUGAAUAUACAUGUAUAUUUGACAAUUUAAUUUGUUCAUAGAGGAGACUUUACACAUGUAUCACUAAAUUUAUAUUUCAGAAGAGAGUUGGGUGCAUUACACCCAAGUAUUAACACCAACCAUCUUAUUUGUACCACAAACUAAGAAAUUUGGUGUUGGCAGCUAAGAGUUUAACCCUGACGAUUCUUGAACUUAUUGUUCUCCGGAUGAGAUUUUCAAAUUCUUUUAAAGGCCUUUUAAUAACAUUGAAAUUGAUUGAAUCUGAUUAAAUUUGUAAAGUUUUGGUUGAAGAGCCUAAAUUGAUUGCAUUCCCUUAAAUAUGGAAAAAUUAUAUUUAAAACAUACUCCAUAAUUUAUCAAGACAAUAAAGAAAUACCUAUAUGGAAAAUAGGUAAUAUGAUUUUCUAUAGUAAUUUUAGCUAGAAAAUUAUCUUCGAUCUUAUUUAUUUUAGUUAAUAUAAAUCUAGCAUACAAAAUACAAAAUUAUGUAUUUGGUGAAAAAGUUCUCUGAUAAGGUUGAAAAAUCGAAAAACAAGAUUAAAAAAAGAGCCCUUAGAAAGUGCCAAUAAUAUUGAACUUAUAAGGUUUAAUUCUCUUUGUCAUGUGGUAUUAGUUUUCCCUUGUAUCCAAAAAUGUUUUUAUGUUAAUGAACACGUUUUCAGAUUUAAAAAUAGAAAACUAGAAAAUGAAAAUAAAAAAUUGGAGAUGAAAAAUCUAAAAAAUGAAAAUAAAAAAUUGGAAAAUGAAAAACAAAAAGGAUACUUAAAAAUACCUCUACUAAUAAAGAGGCCCUACCGGUGGACGUAGCUCAACUGGUAGCAAGGGAGUGCCACGGCCCACGAGGGUUAGAUCCCGGAUUCAAAUCCCAGUAACUACGAUAAGAAGUUAUUAUGAUAAAAAUGCAUAAGACAUCUGCAAGUACCGAGGACAGAGCAUCACUCUCUAUCUAUCAGAUUGAGAUUAUAGUCCAAUUUACAUCCUCCCAACGUAUCGAGGUUGGGGGCCCUCAGGGAUGGAGUGUCAUCCUUUUUUACUUAUAAAGAGGCCCUAAAUUUGCAUCUUUUCUCAAAGGCACCGAUUGAGAAGCCAUUUUGUAAUGUCACUUUUUAUGUCAUGAGAAGGAUUAGAGGACCUUUCCAAAAGAUUCUUCAUACCGACCAAACGAUCCAUCCCGUUUAAUUCACCAAUUUGUGCGGAUGCACAAACGGUUUGGCUCUUAUGCCUCUCCACAUGCAAGUUUUUGUUUUCAUCUUAUCUCCAUUCAAUUUGAAGAUUAAAGCUACGCUGAAAAUAAUUAAAUAGUCUUAAUUAUUUGAAAUCACUAAAAGGUUUAAAUAUGGGUUUACUUGAUGUAAAUAUAACACUUUUUUAAAGUAUUUGCACAAAAAAAUUAUGAUUUUCAUCUUUGUAAUAUGAACAUCUUUGUUUUUAAUUGAUCCCUAACUCUAAAAUCAUUCUACUUAGAAAAAAGUUAUUGUCACUCGCAAUGACGGAGCUAGAGCCCUGAGUUGGAUUGGGCUGAUACAAAGAAUAUUUUUAGAUUUUUUCCCCCGGAAUUUUUUACAUUAAAAAUAAACACAUUUUUUUUAAUUUAGGAUGGGCGAGGGCCAAGGUUGGCCAUCCCUUAUCUCCGCGUCUGGUCACUUGCAUAAAUCCACUAGAAACAUUUAAAUUUAUUCUUUUACUAGACGAAGUACCCG